AUGGAUGACCUCAAGCCUCUGAGUGAUGUGUUGGGUGUCUGUGGUAUCCUAUCAGCUACACGAUGUGCAAGCGAGGUAGCCACCCCGGAAUUUGCUCAGGUUAACCACCGUGCUGAGAGCACAGGAAGCCAUGUCGUCGACGGAACUGCUCCUUCACACCAUCGCAAAGAGCAGUACCUUGCUUAG